AUGGAUGUCGCGAAACUUUCGGAGUAUACCGGCUCAGCGCAGAAUGUGUUUAACUAUGAUCGUAAUGCCGAAUUUGCUAAAGCUAUCCUCAAUGCAGCUACUGCUCCCGACAGAGCUCAGUGUCCACAAACUUCGAGUGCCGGACGAUUCGCUGAAGUGAACAGCGCUGCUUCACGUACACAGCUGCAACGGCGAAAGGAUGUCGGAAAUAAACUUGACUUUGAUCUGAAAGAAUUUGAAGGUCAAAAGGUCACGAAUUUCUCUCUAAUAAGGACAGAAUUGCGGAUCCACGGAUUUCUUUAUCAGUUCACUUUUUGUGCGUUUUUGCCUAUAUGCAAAUUGCAAAAACGCAUAUUGGGACGACCUUGUUUGUGUGUGCGUAUGUAUGUGUGUGUAUUUUUGCGUGUAUGUUUGUGUGUGUGUCUGUGUGUGUUCGCCUGUCCGGGUAUUUCAACUCGGCAAUCAAGCAAUUUCCAGCGCCGAGAUUUUGCUAGUGGGUAUCCCGGCCAAAUACCACUCCAGAACCGCGGUAUGUACCAUCUCUCACGCACGCACGGGCCCCGCGUACGAGAGGGGAAAAGUUCUGGCGGGAAAAUUGAUAACUCGGGAAAGAGAAAAGAUAGGAAGCUGAAAUUUUGA